GACCUGUUACUAAAUUCAAAUUUCAUCUCAAUCCAGUUUCUCAAUUCAGUUGUAUACCUUUUUUACAUAAGUUAUGUACUUUCUUACAGUACCUACGUUUUCAUCUCAAUUCAGUUUUAUACCUUUUUUACAUAAGUUAUGUCUUUUCUUACAGUACCUACGUUAUAUUCACCGAAAAAUGCCACGUCUUCGUGGAAGAUCCAGAAAUAUUGGUAGACGUAGUCAACGAUCGCAAUAUGUCCAUAAUCGUCGAUUGAAUAGAACAAUAAUUGAGGAACACUCAACGGAUAACGUAAAUUUAGGAGAUCAAGUUACAAAUACACGUACAGAUGAGAAUUUAGAACAACCCCAUCAACGUCUUCGUACUAAUACAUUGAGACAAAGAGAGGAGCGUCUACGAGAGACCGACGCACAGAGAGAACGUGAUCGACAGCGAAUGCAACGUCAACAAGCAUUGACACGAGCAUCAUUUAAUCGUCUUGCGUUCGGAUAUGACCAUAAUAUCGACUAUUCGUCGCACUCACUAAUUACGAUCGGUAAUAUGGACAAGGAGUGUCAACAUUGUCAUGCUUUCACGUACAGAGCUGAAUCGGCUGGUCUAUGUUGCGCAUCUGGAAAAGUUUCACUUCCACCAUUAAAUCCACCUCCCGAACCAUUGAGAACACUACUAGCUGGAGCUACAUCGCAAUCAAAACUGUUUUUGCGUAAAAUUCGUAAAUUCAAUUCUUGCUUCCAAAUGACAUCAUUUAAAGCUACUAAAAUUAUUCACAAUAAUGAUGGUCGCAAUUUUGAAUCAACUUUUAAGAUUCAAGGUCAAGUGUAUCAUCAAAUUGGUUCAUUGCUUCCAAUGCCUGAAGCUGAUCCCAAAUUUCUACAAAUCUACUUUAUGGGAGAUGAGGAACAACGAACUAAUACACGCUGCGCAUACAACCAUAUAGACCAGAUGCAGGAGCGAGAAAUUGUAGAAAUUUUGGAAACAUUUUUGCUGAAUAAUAAUCACUUGCUACGGUUGUUCAAGACUCUCUCCAACAGACUGCAAAACGACAACUACGCCAUUGUCAUUAAAGCAGAUAAAGUACCGUAUGGAGAGCACGCAGGCACAUAUAAUGUUCCAACUAUUAAUGAAGUUGCAGUUAUUAUGGCUGGUGACCCAUCGGAACGUCGAGAUAUACGCAUACAACGCAGGGAUAACACGGUGCAAAUAAUUCAAGACAAUCAUCGUUCUUAUGAUGCAUUGCAGUAUCCGUUGAUAUUUUGGGAAGGAGAGGAUGGUUAUCAUUUCAACAUUAAACAAAGGAAUCCAACGACAGGUGUGGAACUAACCACUAUGACAAUUAAUAAGUCACAAGGUCAAACAAUGACGAUUUGUGGAUUGGAUUUGGAAAAUCCGUGCUUUUCUCUCGGCCAAUUGUACGUUGCAUGUUCAAGGGUUGGCAAACCAUCCAAUUUGUUUGUGUAUAUUCCUCAAGGAGUAAACAAAAAUAUUGUACAUCCAAUGGCACUAAGUUAGUUGAACUUUUUGUUAAUUGAAAAUAUACAAAUGUUAUAAAAUA